CUCCAGUCUUGGCCUCCCUCACUUUGCAUGCCCCCGGCUUUCUCCCCGUGCACACACAACCUAGGAUUUUUUGGCAUCUGGGGAAUACGUUGAAAAGAGCUCAAGCGAAAUUUAAGUGCCCCAUAACCCCACGGGACCCCAAAAGGCGGCUCUGAACCAAUCUUGUCGUCGCCGUUGUCACAUUCAAUCUCCGCAUCCUACUUCUCUCACACACACAACUUCUUCUCCCCUCUUCACCAUUCCAACAACUCACCUCUUGUUGUUCUCAUCCCCAGUCACAUUGUUAUAGCCAGUAUCAGAGAAAUGACUGCAGAGACGGAGCGCAUUGCGCCCGCCGAAGAGCGCCGCUUGGACGCCGACAACAAGGACGGCAGCACCACAGACUCGCUCCAAGAAGAUGUUAUUGUCAAGCCUGCCGCUGAUGCUCCUGAAAAGGAUGAAUCCAACAUGUUUGGCGAGGGCAACCAGACGUUUCGCACACUGAGCCGCUGGGACACCAUCCUGGUUCUCGUCACCAACCAAGUCGGCCUUGGAAUCCUCACGCUCCCCUCCAUUCUUCACACGCUCGGCAUGGUCCCGGGCCUCAUUGCCAUUAUCGGCCUCGGCAUCGUCACUUGGUACACGGCCUUUGAGCUGCUGCAGUUCUAUCGCCGCCACCCGCAUGUCCUCAACCUCGUGGACAUGGCCAAAGUUGUUGGUGGCCGGCCGCUCGAGAUUAUUGUCGGAAUCGGCCUGCUCUUCAAGAUUUGCAUGACGUGCAGCUCUGCCACCGUCACCCUCUCUAUUGCAUUCAACUCCAUCUCUAGCCACGCCAUGUGCACAGUCGCCUUUUCUGCGUUUGGCGCCAUUGGCUGCUGGCUUUUGUGCAUCCCGCGCACGUUCAAGUUUGUUGCCCACGUCGGCGUGCCCUCUACCAUUAGCAUUCUCGCCGCUCUUUUGAUUGUUGUCAUUAGUUUGGGAGUCGCCGGCCAUCCUGACGGCGCGCCAUUGGACUGGAACAAAGAGCUCGUGGUUGUCGGCCGACCCGACUUUAGCUCUGGGUUAAGCGCCUGUCUCAAGGUGUGCUACGCAUAUGCCGGUAACGUUGCCUUUGUCUCGUACAUGGCCGAGAUGAAGAACCCGUCCAGAGACUUUGUCCCGGCAUUGACCAUCUUGCAGGUCUGCUCCAUCCUGCUGUACAUCUUCACUGCUGUCUCCAUCUACUGCCUGUCUGGUCAGUACGUCCGCUCACCAGCCCUGGGCUCGGCGCCAGCCAUCCCAGCCAAGAUUGCCUACGGCAUUGCUUUACCUGCCAUCUUUGCCACGGGUAUGGUUUUCGGCCACGCCGCAAUCAAGUACAUGUACGUCGUGGUACUGCGAGCACUCAAGUCUACCCACCAAGCCACCCAAAACUCUGUCAAGUCAUGGAGCGUGUGGGUUGGCUGCACGACGGUAUUCUGGUUGGUCUGCUUUGUAUUUGCAAACGCCAUCCCCAUCUUUGACUCCAUCCUAUCCAUCGCCUCUGCGACGUUUAUCGCAUGGUUUACCUUUGGUAUCAGCGGCGUGUUCUGGUAUCACCGCAACUGGGAUGAGAAAUUCCAGCGCAAGAAUAUCCCGCUUGCCAUUGUUAAUGCCCUCCUCAUUCUGCAGGCCCUGUUUAUGAACGGAGCUGGACUAUGGGCUGCUAUCCAAGGCUUGCUGAACAUCUUUGCCUCCGAAAAUGGCGUCAAGGGUUCCUUUACUUGCGCUGACAACUCUGUAUUUUAAUCCGCUGAUAUGAUAAUGACC